CUGGCCGUCUGCUGUCUGUCUUUUUUCUGCUGCUUUUGCCCUUGCCUGGACCGCGACGCUUUUGUUCAGAGCGGAAGUGGCAAAUGUUCCCGCGUGAUUCACAAUUUCCGCAGAUCGGCUUCUUGCCGUCGCAUUUCAACUUUCGUUCUGAGACGAAAAGUUGCAUGCUACCCCGAUCUUCUUCUGGAUCUUUGUUGGCCUGGGAUCAUCGUCUUCGUAGGGAUAUUGGCGAGGGGUCCCUCUUGGGCCAUCGUACGACGCUGAUGCCGCUGGCGAAGGCCGAUGUAGUGGCGGCAAGUACUGAGGAUCUGGGCGCAGGGAUUCCUGGUCGGGGCGGAGUCUCUCGUAUGAUGCUGUAACAGAUUGGAUCGACAGAACGCCGCUGCGGGUACCCUGGCUGGCUCGAACUGGCAUACGAUGGGAUUUGAGAAGGACCCGCUUGGCCCUCGACCCAAGGCAGCGUGGUUUCCGCCAAACGCGAGUGACUGGUAUUGCCAGGAUAUUGCGGCGAGCUCGCGUGCUGCCGAUGUUGAAGAAUUGCUCGAUAGCUUGUCUCGCCGGGCGGCGGAUUUUGAUAAUGUGAACCGGAGGCAUGGAAUGAGGAAGAUCCCACACUGAAGCCGGAGCCGGAAGGUAGAUGCCCAGCGUCUGGUUCGUAUAGUAUUGGAUGUUGUCGGUAAGAAUCUGAUGUGGCAAGAGGCCGAAGAGAAAACGGGGGAUGUCGACUUGGCUCGAACGGGACAGGGGCCUCCUCCGGCUCUUGCAAGCUUGCGCUGGGAGACGCAUUUCUUCGUUCUUGCGGCCUGUCGAAUAGAUGUGGGAUGAGGCUAGAGGGCAGCGAGCUUUCUUUAGCCAUCUCAAGGCAACCGCGGGCGAGAAAAGAGGCGAGCGGGCGGGCGGUGGCACGUAGCGUAAAGAGUGUAGUCGGAAGGAAAGAACGAGAUGGUCGUUGAGGUGAAGGGAAAGGAGUCCCGAGGGAAUGAAGAGCCCAUCCAGCUCGUCCAGAAUGUCUCAAAUUCGUUGUCCAGUCCGCUCGAUCACUCUCGCGGGAGAAUAGUGGAACUGGAUGCAACCGCGGGUCGCAUGCAGAU